AGGAUCAGCCAUGGCCGCGCAGCAGCACGAGGGAGGACUCCGAAGGGAGCUCGAGGAUCGCUUGCGGGGUUUGGGCAUCGAAGCGCUCAGUGUGGAACACCCCGAAGUGUUCACAGUGGAAGAAAUGAUGCCUUACGUGCAGCAUUUGAAAGGAGCUCACAGCAAAAACCUUUUCCUUAAAGAUAAGAAGAAAAAAGGGUUCUGGUUGGUGACGGUUCUGCACGACAGGCAAGUCAACUUAAACGACUUAGCGAAGAAACUGGGUGUUGGAAGCGGGAAUUUGCGUUUUGCUGAUGAAGCGGCCAUGUUGGAUAAACUGAAAGUUGGUCAGGGGUGCGCGACCCCCUUAGCUCUUUUCUGUGACCAAGGAGAGGUGAAGUUUGUGUUGGAUGCUGCCUUCAUGGAAGGAGGUCAUGACAGGUUGUAUUUUCACCCAAUGACAAAUGCAGCAACAAUGGGAUUGCAUCCAGAAGACUUCCUAACAUUUCUGAAGUCCACAGGACACGAACCUGUAAUUGUACGUUUUGAUGAAAAUGACAAGUAGGUUUAUAGCAUCAUUUUCCUAGGUGGGCCUUGGUAAUUGUGUUACAAAUUCAAGAAAACCUUUCAAUGCUAUUUAUUCAAUAAAGGUAACUAUUACUAA